CUAAACUCGGAAUGCAAGUUUACAAACGAAGGUUUCGUUAUAAAAUAAUUCAAACUGCCAAAAUGUUUAUCACAACUUAGCGUGAAUGUGUGUUAAAAUACAUAUGUAUCUAUCGACAUGUAGAUCUUGAUGUGUCAUGUGAAUCGUCACCAUUCACUUUCGUUGCAUGAAAAACUGAUGAAAGUGAAUGUUGAGUUUUGUGAGUUUUAGUCCAUUGCAUUUUGCUAAACACUUUUGUGAUCCGUAGAAGAAAAUAAGUUAUACUGUUUUCGAAUAACACGAGAUAAAAAAAGCUAGAAUAUACAUUAUUGGUUGAAAUAUCCCUUAAGUUUUUAUUUCUUUUUCCAAUUAACUGUCCUCAUUCCUCUAUGUGUUUUCUUUGUACUUUUUAUCUAAUCUGUCUAUUGAAAUCAUCAAGCAUGGAAUGAUUCCCAAACACUUUCAUUUAGUGGGAAAUCGAGGAAGUUUCGUUUUGGCUGAAAUCAGCGUGUUUAUGACAGUAUGUCUUCAGUCAGCUGGAGAUCCGUCAGCUGUGAACAUGUUGUGCUGCUGGGGAGCGCCUGUCAGAGAGGGCUUCGGUCUGUUAAAGCCUGACAAAGUCAAACAUGGCAAUUAUGGAAUACGAUCCAUGUGUCCGGAAACAGCAGUUGAGGACAUGUCAGCUGGAAGGAGUUUUGUUGGAUUUAUCCGGGAUGGGAAGGUCUCGGUCUUGAGAUUGCGCAAUGAAGACUAUGAUCACGAUGGAGAACUAGAGCAACUGCAGCUAAUGGAUGACAGAAUCAGAUCGAUUGUCUGUGGAGGAGCUGAUGCGGUUCUUCUUGCUGAUGCAGGAAGAGUUCUCGUUAUGGACAAAUCUACUGUGUGCCAGCCUCUCAAAGUUCUGGAAAACAGGCAGGUGAUUCAGAUCACAUGUGGAGACCAGCAUUCAAUGGCAUUAACCAAUGAUGGUCAGUUGUUCGUAUGGGGUGAAAACUCUCACGGUCAGCUGGGUUUAGGGAAGGGAGAGCCGAGCACUCCUCAACCACUCAAAUCUCUGUGUGGGAUCCCACUGGCUCAGAUCAGCGCUGGAGGAGACCACAGCUUUGUGUUGUCUCUCUCUGGAGUCGUGUUCGGAUGGGGAAAGAACUCGGCUGGACAGCUGGGCCUCGGAGACACUACAGACAGACACGUCCCAACGGUUGUAAAUAGUCUGAACCGAAAGAAAACUGUGUCCAUCUCAUGUGGAGGAGAACACACUGCCACUCUAUCAAAGGGCGGCACAGUAUUCACAUUUGGAUCCGGAGGUUUUGGUCAGCUUGGGCACAACUCGUUUAAAGAUGAACAUCAUCCGCGGGUGGUUGCUGAACUGUGGGGAUCUAAAGUGUCACUGGUCACAUGUGGGAGACGUCACACACUCGUAUCAGUCUCAUCGUCAAAGCUGAUCUACUCAUUUGGAUGUGGGAUGCAAGGGCAGCUGGGAAAUGGAGAAAUGAUCAAGCAGUCUGUGCCUUUACCGGUGGAUCUGUCAAAUGAAUGUGAUCAUGAAUAUAUGAUUGAAAAACUCAUCGCUGGGGAGAAUCAUUCCUUUGCCUUGUUUUUCAAAGAGCAUGAAAGUAAGCCAAAAUCCGGGGUUUUGACAUUAAAUGACAAAACGAUUGACCGAUGGGUGUUUGGAAGUGAUUCAUGGGUAACAAUAAAGGAUUUUGUUAUUUGCAGGGAAAUAAACACAGUGUUCUCCUCUGCUGCCUCUCUGAAUGGAAGUUUUCUCAAAACAAGAUUUGAUGUAACGUCCUGUCUUUGUAGUUGUGAUGAACAUUACCAGACGUCUGUGGAGAAUUGUGGGUUGGAUUUUGAUCUGGUUAAAACAUCCUUUGCAAAGUUAUUAGAGAACAAAAGGUCAAUAUCAGAGGUAGUGAAGGUGGUUCAACAGAAACUGCUGCCGUCUCUGAGUCCAAAUUCAAAUCCAACUUGUGUUGAAUCUCUGAGACUUUACCUUCUCCUCCCUGAGCUCAUCAGAGGACUCCAGAAACAAAGAACUGAACUCACUGAAGCAAUAAGCUCCAAAAUAAUUCAGUUGAAUCCAGCGGCUGCCAAGAUGUUAGAGAUGUACUGGUCCAAACUCCCUGAUGAUUGGCUCAAAGGCUUGGUGAAGUUAUUUCACAAAGAAUCUGCUGAGCUGAUUGGCCAGAUUUCUUGUGGUGAAACUGGCCAUGACUUAAAUAGACGCCUGCAGAACUUUUUGCAGAUCCUUCAGAUGCUCUAUGAGGUCUGUUGCAGUACCCACAAUGACAUUACAAACAGUGAUUUCAUCAUUCAUGAGGUCAAUGAUCUCCUAGAUACGCUGCAAGUCACCUUGGAUGACCUGGCCAUGAUUUUAUUGGGCCUUCGUUUCACUGAUUUCAAUGAUUUGGUGACACUGAAAGAUUACUACCUUGGAAUUAUUGAAAUAUUGGUCAAGUUCCCUUUUGCAGCUGACAUCCUAUCUAAACAGAGAAUGUUUUGUUACUUGCAGAUGCGCUUACAGUUCUCUCCUGACCAAGACAUGCUCAUGUUAAAUGACAACGUGUUGAGCGUAAAGAGGGAAUCACUGUUGACAGACACGCUAAAGUAUCUCAGACAAAACACCCACUCAUUUUAUUAUCCGUUAAAGGUGGUGUUCAUCGGGGAGAAUGGAAUAGAUUGGAGGGGCUUAUCUGCAGAAUUCUUCACCCUCCUUUCCCAGUCUCUUCUCAAAUGGGAGAAAAAGGUGCUGGAAGUCCAAGAGAAUUCAUUGGUUUGGUUCAAUCCUGAUCACACGCAAGGUAAUAAGGAUUUUUACUAUCUUGGCGUUAUCUGUGGAAUGGCGCUGUACAACCAUCAUUACAUGGACAUUAACUUCCCACUGGCCUUGUACAAGAAACUGCUCAAGCUGAGUCCCACUCUGAAUGAUCUGGAGGAACUGUCCCCUGUGGAGGCCGGAAAUUUGAAAAACCUUCUUGAGGAGGAUGAGGACGUCGUGGAUAUACUCUUUUUGAAUUUCACAGUCAAAGGGCAAGAGCUCAUUCCAAAAGGAGGUCAAAUUCAAGUGAACAAAGUUAACAGACAGAAGUAUGUGGAUUUGUAUGUCGACUUUGUUUUCAACAAGUCCGUGAAGAAUCAGUUCAAGCAUUUUUCAAGAGGUUUCUCUAAGGGCUGUCCUCUCAAAAUCUGGAGCAUGUUCCACCCUGAGGAACUCCAGGAGCUUCUUCAAGGCUCCCCUAAAUAUGAAUGGCAGGAGCUUCAAACGUCGGCUUCCUAUGAAAGCUGUUCUGCCUCUGAUGAGCUUAUCAAGAACUUCUGGACUGUUUUCUUUGAGUUCUCUGAAGAGAAUAAGAAGAAAUUUCUGAUGUUCUUGUAUGGAAGGAACCGUGUACCUGUCGGAGGUUUCUCAAUGUGCUCUUUGAAGAUUUGUCAGUCAGAUGGUCCUGAUCCAGAUGACCGUUUACCAGAGGCCCAGACCUGUUUUGGCAGAUUAAUUCUUCCCAAAUACAGCGAUAUCAACACACUUCGCAACAAGCUAGUACAUGCAAUCAACUUUUGUAAGGUUUUUGGACGAGAGUAAACAUCCCUCGAGGUUCAAAACCUCCAUGGUUCCCAAACCCAAAAUAUAUGAAACAAUUGUAUAUUUAUUGAUACAACUUGUAGCUUAUUGGUUUUUAAAAUGUUUCAUGAAUUAUGUGAUUUAACUUUCACUGAGCUUCUCUCAGUCACAAAUUUGAAAUAUAGAUGCAACACAGCUCAGUCAAUUUAAAUAUUUAUCAUUAAAACUGUAAAUAAUUGUAAAUAAACAAUGUCAGAGCUAUAGAUAUUCCUUUUUUUUUUUUAGUAUUUUAAAUAACCUUUCAUUGGAUGAGCUUUAUUGUUUGUGCUUUACAGCUGGUAGGAUAACUGAACUAAGGCAGUUUGUAAUUUUUAUUAUCAUAUUAUAUAAUAUGAUGCAAUAAUGCAUGUAUUAUAGCAUGUCACUUCAUAACCUUAUUGUAUGCAUGUUAUUUGGUGGUUCUUCAAACAUCUUAAAAUGCUUAAAUAAAAAGAAAAUUUUUUCAAUUGCUUUUGGCUCAAUUCUUAAAUGUUUAGAUCUCAGAUUUGAAUUUCUAACUGAUUUGGGCAAAUUGCAUGUUUUGGCACAUGAACGCAAAAGAGUAAGUACAAUUGUUUACGCUUACACAAUAACUAAUUGCACAUGAUUGGAAUCCAUAAAUGGCACGCAAGUACAAUUAUGAGAAAUCAUAGCCGGAACACCUUGCAAGGUGUUUUGCGAGGGAACGCAAAUAUCUUUGCGAGAGAGCGCAAAUGUUUUGUGAGGGAACGCAAAUAUCUUUGCGAGGGAAUGCAAACGUACAAAACUAGGGAAAUGGGAUAUAACAAUAAAAUAAAAUCAUUAAACGACUGAUCCUUACUUAGUAUGCUUCUCCAUGUUCUUGUCGCAGAAUUCAGCAGCCUCUGCACCUGUGCCCAUCAAAAACUGCAAAGUACAUUAUAGGGCUUUUCACACUGCACUUAACCCCAGGUUAUCGUCGUUAUAAAAACCACUUUUAACCCCGGGUAAAGGAGUGUUUCACACUUGUAAUUUAGAUGCGGGGUUAGCACCGCUUUUUACCCAGGGUUAUGAAACCCUGCUCUAGAGCAGGGAUAGUGGAGCUUUUGUGGUAUGAACUCCGCACUGUGCCAAACUUGUACAAUGUGAAUGCAGUAUUAGAAUGUUCCAGCUAGAUACUUAGCAACCAACAACCAAUUGCGUGCCUUUGGGCAGUCACGGACAUACCUUGCGAUGUAUAAACAGUAGUUUGUGCAUAUGAUAGGAAAAAUGUCAAAUGGCAACAGAAAACGCAACAAUCGGAGUCAUUUCUUACCUUUAUAGUUCGAAAAGUUCACUUGAUACAGUCAGCAACACACACACACAAUGCUAGAGCCUUUAAGGCCAAUUCACACCGCACCGACAACAGCCAACAAACUCGUCUGUUGGAGUUUGUUGG